AUGCUUGCUACUCGUGGCUAUGGAUCGCGUCGUUUCUGGUGGGCGACCAUCACUGUCACACUUCUCUUCUUAUUUUUCACCCUCGUUUACUUUAGAUUAACGAGUCAGGAUAUUCUCGCCGGCACUAGUCGAGAGCUGGUGAUACUACACCAAGUCGCCUUCGAAACCGCGACGAAAACCUCGAAGCCCUGGAUUGACUUUUAUUUCCAGAGGUUGCAGAACCCGUCGGUACUGCCUGACACACCGAAAUACUCGCCGUUUGGGGCAAUGGAAUGGCACCUGCCGGAGGACAUCGCAUGGCAUGCUGGGCUUGGCAAGGACCUUUGCAUCAUCGACUUUGACGAUCGAGCCUUCGACGUCCCUGGUCAAAUAUUUGGACCGAACUUCAUGAGCUGGCAAAACGCAGAAUCUGUGCACGGACUGUCGCUUGGGAUCCUAAAUCACUGGCUGUAUAGUAAAAUACACGGAUACAAGUACUACUAUAUAGUAGUGGGGGAGUACGAGGAUCGCCGCACUUCCUGGAAGAAGCCGGCUGUUAUUGCAAAGCUACUCGCCAAGCACCAGGCAUGCAUCUACCUGGACUCGGAUGCGCUGUUCAGAAAUCUGGACUUGCCGUUCGAGUGGCUGAUGAAUUACUGGCAGCUCAGCCCAGCCUCCAACUCGCUUGCCCUCGCCUUCGAUCCGACGCACGAGGCGAAUCAGGACGAGUUUGGCAAGGGAUACCUCAACACGGGGUUCCUCGUGGCGCAAAACAACCCGAGGACAUUCGAGGUGCUGGCUGCGUGGGAGGACUGCCCCAACGAGGGCGGGCGCUACCCGGAGUGCACCAAGUUCCGGACCAACAACCCGGGCCGGCCGACGGACCAGGGCGGGUUCGGCACAUAUGUUCGGUACGACUACGCCGAAAUCAUUCGGGAGCUGCCAUGCGACGAGGCCAACGGGUUUCCCGAGGCGCACGCGGGUUGCGACGGCACGUUUGUGCGCCACGUGUGGACGGGCAAGGACUCGUUGCUCAAGGUCUUUGCGGGAGGACAGAUGCCAGGCCCGUACCUGGAGUAUUUCCACGAGGAGUUUGUGGCAACCAAGGCGGAGUUUCUCAUGAAUGAAACCGAGCUGAUGGGUUGA